CAGCUCUAUGGGUAAUAUGACAGAGCCAAGCUGUUUGUUACUAUAGAAACCUCCCAGCCUAUCACAAAGUGCUGUGAGCUGCUAUAAAUUCAUCAUCGCACAUUUCUUACCAAGUUGUACAGUCUCUGGCACUUGGAGGGAUAGGUCAUUGCACAGCUGGCUGCUGGCUUCAUACAAUGCAGGGGUCGUCCCGAAGGCUCUCCACUGUGAACAUCGUCAGCAACUUCCUCCAUGGCCGCAGAUAUUCCACUAUCCCUAGUGUCAUCCGUCUCCAGAGAAGGCGCAACUCUGCCAUCGAGGUCCUAUCAUCAUCCACUCACAGGGUCAUGGUGGCCAUGUCUUGUGUUACCCCCGGAGAUGCGAGUGCCAACGUUCUUCAGAUAAAGAGAAGUGGCAGACGUCCAACUUCGAAAUACACCAAAGUGGGAGAGCGUUUGCGACAUGUCAUCCCGGGUCACAUGCAGUGUUCCAUGACGUGUGGUGGUCGUGCUUGUAAAUAUGAAAACCCCACCCGAUGGAGCGAUGAGGAACAAGCUAUAAAGGGGCUUUACUCCUCCUGGAUCACAGAUAACAUACUUGCAAUGGCGAGACCCUCAACAGAAAUCAUUGAGAGAUAUAAUAUCAUCAAGCAGUUCAAGAGCUGUGGAAUAAAAACAGUAAUUAACCUGCAGCGUCCUGGGGAGCACGCAAGCUGCGGGAAUUCUUUAGAGCAAGAAAGUGGGUUCACGUAUCUUCCAGAGGCCUUUAUGGAAGCUGAAAUUUAUUUUUACAAUUUUGGAUGGAAAGACUACGGCGUUGCUUCCCUGACCACAAUUCUUGAUAUGGUGAAAGUUAUGUCAUUUGCCUUACAAGAAGGAAAAGUAGCAAUUCACUGCCAUGCCGGCCUAGGACGGACAGGGGUGCUAAUUGCAUGUUAUUUAAUAUAUGCCACAAGAAUGACUGCAGAUCAAGCUAUUUUGUUUGUCCGUGCAAAGAGGCACAAUGCUAUUCAGACCAGAGUCCAACUCUUGUGUAUCCGUGAGUUUACUCAGUUUCUGAACCCUCUGCACAAUGUGUUUGCUUGCUGUGACCCAAAAGCCCACGCCGUCACCUUAUCACAGUACUUGAUCCGCCAGCAGCACUUACUUCACGGAUACGAAGCUCGCCAUCUCAAAUAUGUGCCAAAAAUUGUCCACUUGGUUUGUAGAUUAUUGAUAAACGUAGUGGAAAACAGGCAGGUGGUGGAGAAGGCGAUCGUAGAUGUUCCAGAUCUUUCUGCCGAGAUCGAAAAGACUGUUUCUCAGUUUUCCCCUGAGCAACUUGAUAAAGUUUUAGCCAGUGAAAUUGAAACAGGGGAUUCGUUAGCCCAUUCUGUUACAACCCCAGCUUGUUAUGCAGUUCACGAUUCAGUAUUAACCAGUGAACAGGAGUUUGACCCCCUGUGGAAGAGGAGGAACGUAGAAUGUCUUGAGCCGUUGUCCCAUCUAAAGAAGCGUUUAAGUUACAGUGACUCAGAUCUAAAGAAGGCCGAAAUUCUCAUGGAGCAAGGUGAAACCCCAUGGACAGAGCCAGCAGAGAUGUCUUUUUUGAACAAAAUCAAUGAGCAUAUAAGGGUAAAGCACUGUUUCGAAAAUCAUGGAGUCACGGACCUUAUGCCUUCAGCACGGUCAAACAAAGAACCUUGUGGAAAAGCAGCUUUUUUUUUCUGGAGCCAGAGUAAAGUCGGUAGCAUUGAAACUCCCAGAGAUGGUUCCCCUCUAUUUCACAGACUGAAGCUCCCUAAAGAGAUGCAGCGAAGUCGUACUUUUUCAUUAGGAUAUUCCUCACUAGCAGGCAGUGGCCAAUCAGCUUUAGGAGACUCUGAUUUUUUUAUGUCAAGCAUGACUCCUCGGGACACUACUGAUUGUAAUUGCGCUGCUGAGGACAAUAGAGUACAGGAAGAUAACAGCAUCUCCAAACCUCAGGACACUAACUGCACUUCAUCCAAUGUGACUUUUUAUCUAGAAUGUAGCGAGGCAUCAGACGUUGUCCCACAGAUUGCUCAGGAGUCUGAACUAAGCCUUGAUGCCAGGCGCUUGCUGGCAGCUAAAGCUCUGGCGUGUUUGGUCAAUGAUGGUGCUGAAGAAGUUGAAGAAAAAGUUAGCUUUUGGCAGAAAGAGCUAAACUCUCGAGAAGCAGCAUGGGAUCGCAUCUGCACAGAGAGGAAUCCCUCGCUAUUCAGUCAUUUAAUGUGGUCCUGGCUUGAACAGCUGAAAGAACCUGUUAUCAAAAAAGAGGAUGUUCAUUUGUUAGCAAGUUACCAUAGUGAUCUGGAGAGCGCCCUCUUCCUGCUUGAAAAGGGUCAGCAUCAAACCAUCUUGUGCAUUUUGCAGUGUGUAAGUAACCUUCGACCGAUCCCUGCCGACAUAGAAGACACUAUACUAGAAAGGAUGAUUGCAGCCUUUACAAUGGUUAAGAAAGGUUCAAAGGAAGGCCCUGUGGUUUUCAACACCCUGAAACCAAUCUUUCAGCACAUCUUGACGAAUAUCAGAAAAUAGACGUGACAAGACUUUGGUGGCCCUGGAGCUCACAGACCUGGCCUUGCAAUGUUCAAAUGUGUUUAAAUUCCGCGAGGCUCGUCGUGUGCGUUUCCUGUGAGGUUUGUGUUUAAGUGUUGGCUACACAAAGGGCUUCAAAUACUAAGAAUGUAGAAACCUCGAGGUGACUUCAGCAAACUCUUUUGUAAUUAUUACUUGUCUCUAAAAAGCCUUGUUCACUGUGUUUUACAGCAUUCUUUAUAUGUUUCCAAAGUCUGGUUUAAUAUUUAUGGAUGUUCCUGUUUAAUUUAUUACAUUCUGACCUGGGCAUACUGCUGCCAGUUAGCAGACCCAGCUAAUGCACUGUGAACUGUUUAUUGUAUUCAGUAUGAAGGAUUCUCAGCGGAGGAGGACUGGUCGAGCCUUGACAGACCAGCUGUAGAAUCCUGACAGCCAUAUGUUUAUAAUGUUUUACGGUACAAUAAUUUAUAUAGGGGCGUCACAAAAGAAGACAUUUCAGGUAGGGAUGUUUUUGAAGAAAAAAAAAAACUGAACCGAAUUCUUUUUUAUAGGCCUUACAUUCUUAACAGUCUCUGUUUUACAGCAUAUACAAAUGGAGGGAGGAAAAAGUGACGUUGUUGCCCAUACCAACAUUACUGCCCAUAUUGCCUGAAAAAAAUUAGGACACCUUCCUGCUGUAAGAAAAUUGGGCAUGGUGCUUCAAAUUUAUAUAGUGCCUCCUGCAGAAGGAUGGACACUUAUUAAAGAGAAUCUAAACCUAAAAAUCAAACUUAAUAUAUUGCAGCUUAUCAGUCGUUUUUAACACGAUGGCUGCAUUCGUUUUCAUUUUUCAAACUAUGAACAUUUUCAGAAAGUACAGAAAAUUUCUGUUGAUCUUGCCAGAAAUGCAGUGUGCUUGUCACUUUCUAUGAGCUGAAAUGAAAGCACAAAUAUCUCAGACAUCCGAGGUCUCCCGCAAGGUGCUGGAGUCUCCCGCAAGGUGCUGGAGUCUCCCGCAAGGUGCUGGAGUCUCCCGCAUUUCUACUGCGGCUCCUUGACACCCACCCUUCUGCGGCUGUCGGCUAAAAAGCUAUAAAGGGAGAUUGGUGUUCACAUCUAUCGCUCCCGCUGCAACGAUCAUUCCCUGAUGUUCCCUGUGUCAACCGCCU